UAUGUUACAAGAUAAGUUAUAUGAUACAAGCGACGUGACACAUACUUGUAUCAACGUUAAACCUAACCUCGAUUCCAAGUGAAAUGUAUUUUUAUUUUCACCUGUACACUAAAUUUGCAAAAGUGUUAUCUGUUGUAUAGACAAUUUGUAUGUAUUAUUAAACAAAAAAAUACUUAAAGUAAUAAAUAAGUAUGAAUGAUACAAAGACUAAAUUAGCCCAUGUAUUACAGCUUCUAAAUGAAGUUUUGAUGGAUUUAAAUAAUGUCCUGAAAUUUUGUAGCGACAUAAAAUCCAAAAAAUGGGAAAGUAGGCAGUGGUUUGUUCGUCCUAUUAACAGCACACGAAUAGAGAAAGGAUUAUUUUCAACCACCUUUCAAGAAAUGAAAGAAGAUCCAGAUUUAUUUUUUCAAUAUAGUAGAAUGGAUCUAGAAACGUUCACUUACUUGAAACACUUGUUAAAAAAAUCUCUAAGAAAAAGAAAAAGAGUUGAUGUUAUUUCUGUAGAAGAACGACUUAUAUUAACAAUCAGGUACUUAGCCUCUGGAGAUGAAAUCAUUUCUCUUGCCAUUCAACACAGGAUAGGAGAAUCAACU